AUGGCUGCUGACGUCAGCUCUCUGGUACGGUUACUAAGCGUUUACAAUGAUGAUCGAGCGGUGGUGAAAGAGUCCGCCGGAGCAAAAUCAACGGCGGCGCUGAUGACUCGCGAUCUCCUUGGAAGCGGCAGAGGAGGAGGAGGCGAUCGGUCACUGGAGCUUGACCUUGACCUUCAAGUUCCCACCGGAUGGGAAAAACGCCUCGAUUUGAAGUCAGGGAAGGUGUAUUUGCAACGAUGCAAUUCCACGAGCUCGUCAUCGAUAACCACGACGGAGCAAUCGAAUCAAACAGUACCGACGUUUCAGGAUUUGAAUUUUCCUCCGAUUCCGAGCAAUUCACAGGCGGCGAAGCCUCUGCUGAACCUAUUCGACGACACGACGCCGGAACUGAAACUCCUCCCGCCGUCUCGUUCGCGUCCUCUCUCCUUGUCAUCAUCGUCGAGCUCUAAUUUCCAAAGCGUAUGCACACUCGACAAGGUGAAAUCAGCUCUGGAGAGAGCGGAGAGAGAUCCCGCCAUGUUCAAAAAACGCCAAUCGCCGGACGGUACUGCUUCCGAUCAUUAUCGUACGACGGAGGUUGCGUCGCCGGUGGCGGCUGGAUGUCCCGGAUGUUUAUCGUACGUGCUGGUGAUGAAGAACAACCCGAAAUGUCCGAGAUGCGAUACCAUUGUUCCUCUGCCUACGAACUCCGUGAAGAAGCCUAAGAUUGAUCUCAACAUGUCAAUCUGA